UCUCACUUCAAUAACGCGUCCGAUACAGGAGGCGCAACCCAACGCCCUCUAGGCAUUAUAUCGAAUUUAGUCUUCAUUGGUUUCAAACAUAAGGCGAAUAGUACUUUGGGUACGAUACAGAAUACAUGUCAUAGUCGCAUUCUACUUUAAUUUUAUUGGCUUGAAAUAUACCGUGCCUAUCCUUUCAAAACACAUGUACGCCUUCAUGCCGACUACAACGUUAAAAUUAUAGAAAUAAAUAGUAUCCAUUGGAGGACCACCUCUACCAGCGCCAAUAUGAGGUCGGUCCUCGUAAGGCGUCGCAUAUUGCCACUUUCCGUCUUUCCAAGAACCCAUUAUCGAGCCCUGUCGGCCACUACCACCUUUCGUAUUGCGAGACGCAGCUCGGAAUUCAACUCGGGCUUUACGAGUAGCUAUGAUCCAAACGAAGAAGGGCGCGGCCCUAUGUUCUCUAAGAACACAUUCGGGGUGCCUCAAUUCUACCCCCGAGACCUUAAGAAACGAGUCGACGAAUAUGUAGUCGGACAAGAUCGGGCAAAGAAGACAAUAUCUUCCGUCAUCUUUAAUCAUUACCAGAACGUACGGCGGCGGCAACAUCAAGAGGAACAGGAGAGAAAGAGAGACGAGAAGCUUAUGCGGCAGGCUAUUGCCCGCGAUCGUAAUGCGAGGGAGAGGGAGCCGAAUCCUGUUGAAGGUUGGCAUAAUCUAGAAUCAAUGACUCGACGGCAUCGCGCUGACGAUAUAUCUGAAGAUGAGUAUCCGGGCCAGUAUAAUACUAUACAGAACAUGCACCAGGAAUGGCAACAUGUUGAGCAGAAAGUUGAUUUCUAUAUACCCGAAGAUGCUAGUCGAGCACCGGCUGUGAAGAUUGAUAAAAGUAAUUUGCUACUAUUAGGCCCGACUGGUGUUGGGAAAACCUACAUACUUGAAACAUUGAGCAAGCAGAUUAACGUCCCCUUCACUAUCUGCGACUGCAACUCCUUCACCCAAGCCGGUUACAUAGGCCAAGAUGUCGAGACAUGUAUUGAAAGAUUGUUAAUAGAGUCUAACUACGACGUGAGAGCUACGGAGCAAGGGAUAGUAGUCCUCGACGAAUUUGACAAGAUUGCCAAACGCGAGACAAUAAAUGGGAGAGAUGUAGGUGGCGAGGGCGUGCAGCAGGCGUUGUUAAAGCUGGUUGAGGGGACGAAAGUUACCAUCAAUGUCAAGGACAACCGCUCGUCAUCUUCAUCGCGUUCGGCAAGCCCUAUCACUACUAAUUAUACCGGCCCGGGAUCCUCAAAUUCUACUUCGGGGCCUCAACCGACGCUACCUGCUGCUGGAAAGGUGGAUCAAUAUACCAUCGACACGAGCAACAUAUUGUUCGUCAUGUGCGGAGCUUUCGUCGGUCUCGAUAAGGUGAUACUGAAUCGAGUAUCCAAGUCCAGCAUGGGCUUCGGUUCCGAGCUCCGUAGUCGGCCUACCCCCGGAAGCAAAGCGGACCUGCCGCCGGCAUUAUUCAAUCACCUUCCCCACCGCCCUCCGAACGGUGAGGAUACCGCGACUCUAACAGCGUUGGACCUCGCGACGUCCGAGGACUUACAAGGUUUCGGGUUCAUCCCCGAACUGAUCGGACGCGUGCACAACAUAGUAGCACUAUCCCCGCUGUCGCGAUCAGAUCUACUUAGAAUUCUAACAGAACCGCGCAACUCACUAGUCGCACAGUACACAGCGCUGUUCGAAACAUACCCUUCGAACCUUUUCUUUACUCAGAAAGCAUUGCAAGCCAUCGCGGAACGCGCGGAAAAAGCGCAGACGGGUGCGCGAGGUCUCAAGAUGGAGAUGGAGCGCGUGUUGGCCGAGCCUAUGUUCGACGCGCCUACGCACUACGUACUGGUCACCGAGAAAGCCGUACGCGGCGAAGAGAAAGUCGGCUACUGGGGUAAAGACGGCAGACUCGAAGUCGAGAGGCUGAUACGCGAAGAAGAUGGCCUGGCCGGUGUCCCGGGGCAAGAAGCUCACGGCAGGGAGAUCGUAAGCAGUCUCGGCGACUAUCGCGAAGCUGGCCAGAGCGGGGCUUAAAGGAUAGAUAUAGUUAAUUGAGAUUGUGAAGUAUUUGCCUCAUCGCAAAGGGUUUUGUUUGGGAUACCUGGCGUGGUGUUGGUAAGGGAAUGGGGUUUCUAUGGCUUCGGGCAUAUUCAGCAUAGCCGUCUUACAUUAGGCGGUUUGGUGUUAGGGAUAUUGGAGGGCAAUAGGGUAUGCGAGGGAAAUAGGUAUAUAUAUAUAUAACUUAAAAAGCGCUGAAGUAGCUUCGCGUAUACCUCGAUUAUGAAUUUGAAUGGAUGAUGCAUGGAUUGUACAGAAUACUAAGCUGCC